AAAAUGAAGACCUCCACCAUUAUUGUUGCCGUCUUGUUGGCUAUUGUUGCCUCCCUCUCAUUCACUACUGCUGCUCCAAGCCAAUUCUGUAGCGUCUGUGAAUAUGCUGUCCAAACUGUUGAAGCCCUUGCCCUCAAGGAAGAACCAGCUAUUGAAAAGGCCCUCCUCGGUGUCUGUUCUCAAUUGGGUGAUAACCAAUUCGGAAAGAUCUGUAACACUGUUGUUCUCGUCUAUGGUCAUGAAUUGUUGAAUGCUUUGAUUACCUAUGAAACUCCAGUCAGAGUCUGUACUGAUCAAUUGCCACUCUGCCCAAAGAACUCUACUGUUGAAGCUCCAGUUGCUACCCCUGUUGUUGAAGCUCCAAAGGCUGAAGCUAAGGCUGGUGAUGCUGAAUGUGAAAUCUGCAAGUAUGCUGUUGGUCAAAUUGAAAACUUCAUCAACUCUAAUCACUCUCAACAAGAAAUCCAAAAGAAGUUGAACCAAUUGUGCUCAAACAUUCCAUCUGUCUUUACUCAAACUUGUUUGUCUAUUGCUAGAAUGGUUCCAUACAUUAUCAAGAAGCUCGAAGAUCACAACUCCCCAUCUCAAAUCUGUUCUGGUUUGCACUUGUGUUCAUCCAAGCAAGCUUUCAUUGCUAAGCAAUUCGCUGCUCCAGUCAUGACCUCUGAAAUCAAGAAGUUGGCCAUCUGUCCAGCUUGUAUUAUGGCUAUGGAACUCGUCCAAAGAGAAAUCAAUCAACAAUCAAUUGACAAGUUUGUUGAAGACAAAUUGGACAAGGUCUGUGCUAAAUUGCCAUCCACCUUCGGACCAGCCUGUGAAAAUUUGGUUGAUACCUAUACACCUGUCCUUGUUCAAAAACUCCUUCUUGCUGUUACCCCAACCAAGAUCUGUAAGUUCGUUCAUGCCUGUCCAAGUGCUGAACCAAAGAAUGUCAUCAAGUCUUUGAAGGCUAACAUUGUUAAGCUUAACUAAAUUUUGAAUAAAUAUUUAUUGAACG